CUUAGAAAAACUUUAAGUUGAUGCCAAGUAAACACGACAGCUACCUGCAACUAUAGUAUAUUUAAUGCAACAUACCACAACAUAAUGCCAAACCAGCAUUGUGUUGUAUUUUAUAUUCAGCUGAUAUUUGAAUAGAUUUAUAUAUACGUAUCAUUUCAGCUAGCAAAAAUUAAAUCAUCUGGUUUAAUUUCAAUGGAUAAUCACACGAGAAAUGCAAUAAUUACAACUACAAUUUGUUUUUUAUAUAGAAGCAAAUAAAGGCAUUAAUGCAGUGAUAUUGAUGACGAUUAUGAUUAUUAAUAUGGGUAUAUAAGUUAUAUCUGAAAGCCUGCAGAAUCUGAAUCUACCCAUCAAUGAUUGGAUUGGACAUCGAUUCACGUGGAUACCGAAAGUGAAAGCUCGGAUACGCAGAAUAAAGUAUUUCGCCAUCAAGCACGAGGUUAAACCAGCUUAUUUGAUAAGGAUUGCCGUGAUUGAGGAAAUUAGUCUCGACCAGGAAGACUUUUGUAACAAUUAAGGAAAUACCAACACCGAACUAUUGUGUCAUGCUUAUCGAAAGUUCUGAUAUGCACUCGGAUCUGAAAAUAAUCAAGGAGUGUCAUCAUAUCUAUACAUUGGUCAGUUCGAGUGAUUUAAAAGAUCUGAAUUUAAAAAUGCCCCCCAGUCAAGAGCAUACGGCGGUUGAGAGGAGGUUUAAAGGUGACCCUGUGAUUGUGCAGGCAAAUGUACCCUUAAAGGAAACACAGACAUUCGAUUCUGCAUCUUCAUCGCUUGUUUCUUCACCAACUGGCAGCAACGUACCUGCGUUAGUACCACCCGCCUCACAAGGUUAUAUAGUCCCCGCGGUAGGAGUCCCAGGUCAAUUGGUCCCCGUUUCCGGCCAGUUAGUCCCCACGCCACCUGCUCCUGUGCCUAGUGGGUGUGUUUCUCCGGUUAUAAUACCAAAACCUGGUCAAUCUAUUACAACACAGAUGGAGAUUGUAUGGCAUGGCGAAUUCAACAAGCUUUUUAAUCAGUAUUCUCCUCACCGUUGGGACCUAUACCCCACCUUCAUAGCACCCAGCCCACAAGAGAACUGUAGAACAUUCAAAGACAGUGCCAAAGUCAGGUUCUCAUGUCAGCAAUGCGGACAUGGAUGGACAUCAAUGAAAGGUCGAGUUGUGUUCUGGUACAAUAUGUAUACAUCGCCAUACAGUCCAAGCCACGGGUGGGUGAUGUUCAAGCUCUAUGGUCAGCAGUGUAGGAGAUGUCAAAAUGGAAGCUAUGAACAUGCCAUGUGGUACCCAGAAGAGGUUAUAAAGGUUCUGGGUAAUGUGUACAACAGGAUAGGCCAGGUGUAUUAUGGGUUUGACAGACCUCCUCUGCGUGUUGACCGACGGACUGGAAAACCAAGAAACCAACAUGACAAAGAACUCUGUCAGGCUUGCAAGGAUCACAUAUGUAAAGAAGAGCUUAUGAUGAACUAAACACAUUUAUUGUUUGUUAAUUAAAUACCAAAUUCAUUAGCUCGCAUCUAUAUAAGUAAUCGUGAUCAGUUGAUACUAUUGGAAUCGGAAGUUCAUUCACAUUGCGCACAAUGAUGGAACCACAAGAGAAUGAUGGUUAUUAUAUAUAUGAUAAUCACCCUUCAGAGAACUAUUGCACAAUAUCAUAUGAUUUUUCAAUACCAAACACAAUGGACAACAAUCUAUUACAACAUUUUGAUUUUAGUUGCCAUGGUAACAAAAUGAAGAGCCAAUACCAUUAGUUGAUACAUACUCAUUACAUUAGUGCAAUGCAUAUAAUAUGUAUUAGUAUAUACUUAUAACACAGGUAGGACUAAUUUGAGGGCAUGAAAGGAUAAGUCUACCCCAAUGGAAUGCUACUCAAACAGGUAACUCCAAUGCCUAAAUGCCAACCAUGGUCUUUUUUGCAUGAGCUAAAACUUGUAGUCAUAAUCCUAAAAGUGUCAACUCAAAAAGAGUAGUAUACCAUUUGAAAGCUUGAAACCCAUUUAGAAGCUGUUGAUAUAUCAAUGGAAAGCUUGAAACACAUUAAAUAUUGAUUGUACAUCAAUGGAAUGCUAAACACUCAUUUGAGUUAGAAAACCUCGCAACCACAUAUAUAUUUAGUUGGGAGAUUUGAUGGCUCCCCUUAGAAGAUCUGGUCAGUAACAACAUGAUAGUGUUCCAGAGUAUGUGAAAUAAAAACACUAUCAUAUUAAAAGCUUUACCGGUGAUGUAAUGAAAUCUCAUGAUAGUGUACAAGGACAAUGCAGGUUACGUAACUUUAAUAUAAUAUGCAAUUUCUGUAACUUCAAAAGCAAGGAAGCUAAGCUUCAAAAGUCAACCUUAAAAAGGUUUUUAAAAUGUAUGGAUAUUUUAGUCUUCAAUAGUAUUGCUUUUUUCUUUUGAACUUUUAUUUUGUCAAACAUGCAAAUCAUUUAAUUGUAAUCCACAUAUUUUAUAUAUUUAGAAUAUGAAUGUGUAAGAUCUCUCUCUCUGGAGAUGAAAAUAUUUUAUGCCACAUUCAUAUUCAUAGAUCACUAAAAAUAUGCAAUGUUAUAUACUGUACAGUUAUAAAUGAUGUAAACUAUUUUUCUUAGUGCAUGAUACAAUACAACUUGUAUAUAUUAAGUAUUAGUGUGAGGGAGAUGAAUAAAAUUCUAUCAUGUACAAAUUCAGUUUUAUGUUGCAUUUAGCUUAUAUUUAUGAGUAUAUUGAAUAUAUAUUAAUUUAAAAUGAUGAAUAUAUGGAUGAGUAAAGUACAUAUAUACAUGAUAUAUGUAUACAAAUGAAGGCAAGAAGCCAUAUACCUGGUACAUGUAGUCCUAUCUGGUCAUAAUUAAGAGAUUCUUCAUGUAGGUAUCAAUUCCAAAUACAGGUACUGUACAUAAAUAAAUUGGAGGAGAGUCACUUUAUUGUUUAAAUUGUAGUAAGGUGUAUUUUUACAUGAAAUAAUUAAUUCCAAACUAUGUGUCUACCCCCCUCCCCCUUAAAUAUGUGAACACCAUUUUCAUCACUUUCUAAA